AUGCAUUCAACCUUGGUCUCCGGAUGGACUGUGACGAAUCUUGGUCCAUUGACCACAACCUACACGGCGCCUCCGUCGUGUUCGACAGAUAAUGUAUAUAUCCAAAUCGGAGAGACAUUCGUUGACUCGGGUACCAAUGACACUCGAAUUUUUCCCGUGGGCAUGGCAUGCAAUGAGCCCGUUCCGUCGUUUGGAAGCUGUCUGCCCUCAGGCGCGAAGCUUGACGAAGCCUACAGCUCGGUAGACACUGACCAAGUGUCGGCGGGAUAUACGGUUGCAUAUUACUCUCCCGGCCUGGUCUGUCCAUCUGGCUGGAGCACUGUCGGCGUUGCGACCAAGACAGAAGGAGGGUCAAUUACCAGUUCCGGCCCAGGCUUCGUCAAUCCUUCCCCGGAACCUGACUUCACGUACGUCAACAAUGUGGGCCCAAACGUCCUUCUAGCGGGUAUGGAUGAGGGCGACGCGGCCGUUCUGUGCUGUCCAAGCUCAUACACUGCCGAUGCCCAGGGAGCUUGCUCCUCUAUUGUGUCAUCCUACAGCGUCCCCAACGAGUAUUGUAUAAGGGUUAUAGACGAUGAUAGUAGUGACAGGGCAAACACUACUCUGAGCAUCUUUGGAACCACUGUGACCGGCACAGCAUUCGGGACAGGCACUAUUACGACUGAGACCAUGACCCUCGAGACCCCGACGGAGAGCUACGUUGGCGUCUCCUACGUGGCGAUGUUGUAUUUGGUCCAUGAUGCUACAGAGACCGCCACGGGCUCCUCAUCGCCGACAUCGUCUCCGUCUCCGUCUUCAUCUUCGUCUUCGGCUGCUUCGGCGAACGCCAGGGUCCCGAGGUUGGCGUCCGCUGCACUUAUUGUUUCGACGCUGUUUGCUGCUUUCACGUCGGGCUUCAUGUUGCUGAUGGCUUGA